AUGACCACUGCUAUUUUACCAACUGAUGACUUUCAUACAAACGCUGACUAUCAGCAUCCUGAAAUUUUUUGUCUUAUCUGGCUCGAUGUUGAUACAAACACUAAAGAUGUUCGAGAUACCGAACAAAAAUUACGUUCUAUUAUUAAUCAACUCAAGAAAUUUCAAGAUACAGCACAAUGUCAAAAAUAUAUUGAAGAACGAUCACAAAAGGAUCGAAUAGUCAUGAUCGUUAGUGGCCGAUUGGGACAAGAAAUAGUCCCUUCUAUUCAUAAACUUCGACAAGUUAUAUCGAUCUAUGUGUACUGCAUGGAUAAGGAAGUUAACAGAAAAUGGGUUGACAAAUUUGCGAAAGUAAAAGCUGUUAUUGUUGAACUUGAUGAACUCAUCGUUCGAAUUAAAACUGAUUAUAAAAUCCAGAAAAAGGUUGAAGAACCAUUGUCAAUGAAUAUUUUUACUACAAGUGGCGGCACAGGUAAAUCAACAACAGGUUUAAAUGGUCAAUUUGUUUUUUUACAAAUUCUGAUUGAUUGUCUUAUUCAACUACGAUACACUGAAGCAGAUAAAAAAGAACUUAUUGAUCUUUGUAAACAACAAUAUAAAGGUAAUAGUGUUGAAUUAAGUAAUCUUCGUGAAUUUCAGCAAGAAUAUUCAUCUGACAAUGUUUUAUUAUGGUACACACGAGAAUCGUUCUUUUACAAGACUCUUAAUGCCGCUCUCCGUACUCCAGCAGAUAUUCAUACAAUUUUUUUGUUUCGUAAAUAUAUUAGUGAUAUUCAACAUCAAUUGAAAAAUCAUCAAACUAAGAAUUCGCUUCGGGUGUAUCGAAGUCAAAUGAUAUCAAGUGAUGAAUUACAAACUUUGAAACAAUGUCGUGGUGAAUUUAUUUCUAUAAAUUCAUUUUUUUCUACCAGUAUUGAUAAACAACAAGCUCUUUCAUUCCUCAAGGUUCCCGAUGGUACAGAAAAUUUAGAAUCUGUAUUAUUCGAAAUUGAUGCCAAUCCUAAGAUGGCAAUUACAAAGCCAUUUGCUGAUAUCAGUGCAUAUAGUGAAUACAAAGAUGAAUCUGAAGUGCUAUUUAUGCUUGGUUCUAUUUUUCGAUUGGACAGUGUCAAUCGUAGCAAGAAUGGUCAAAUAUGGAUCAUCCAAAUGACUUUAUGCAGUGAUGAUGAACAUCAUUUAAAACAAGUUCUCAUGGAUAUGAAAGAGCAAUUUAUGAGUGCAGAAACAAAUCUUCAAACAUUAGGAAAAAUAUUGUGGGAAAUGAGUGAAUUUGAUCUAGCUGAAAAAUACUUUAUUCGCUUGUUAGAACAACUUCUGCCCAACGACCCGUCACGCAUGGAUUUGUAUAGAGAUCUUGGCAAAGUUGCGUCACAUGCCGGUCAAUUAGACAAGAGUAUGGAAUGGCGCCAAAAAGCAAUUGCAUUGAAGAAACAAAAUCCAUCAAUUUCUUCUCCCAGCAUUAGCAAAUCAAAGAAUACUAUUGGUAAGUUCAUUAAAAGAAAAUAUAAUAUCUUGAAAUAGACGUCAUACGCUAAAAUUAAUAUUUAAUGAACGCAAAAAAGUUGUAAAAAUUAGAUAGAAGAAACACAUUAAAAAACACAAUCAGUUUUAUCAAGAAACCCUGGUUUUUACUUAUUAAACAGCCAUUUAAGAUGAUCGAAAUAUUUGACGGUUAGAAUCGAAUUGAUGGAACAAAUAUCAACUAUCAUCGGUUCUAUUAAUAAAAAGUAUUUUCUCCUAUGAUUGUUUUUACACUUUUUUUUUACGAUAACACUGAUACUUAUAUCUUGUCUAGAUUUCUGCAUCAUGACAGUAAUGCUGAGUGAAUCGAAGAUGUACUUUCACAAUAGCGAACUAUAUCACUGGAUGGGGAUAUCGUUCGCUGUUUUUAUUGAAUCUGUUAACAAAUACUGAACAUAAGCAUUGGACUAAAUGUAGUAGUGGCGUAACCAGAAGGGAGCUAGAGGGGGCUCAGCCUCCUCUACGAAGGCUUGAGCCCCCUCCAGAAAGGUUUCUGGCCCCUCUAAUUGAAGGAAAUUACUUGUGACCCAUGUAUUAAUAACAGUAUACGUAUAGUUUAUUCGCAAUAGCGAACAUUUAUAACAGAGAAAAGUUCAGAUUUUCAAGAGAUAUUUCUUAAAAAAUAGUGCAGUGUACAGCUUCCUUGCAUUUUUAAAAAUUUUCGUUGCGCAAAUUAGAUUGUUUUUGUAAAGUUCCAAUUUGUUGACUUCUUCUCUUUAUUUCAGUUUUUAAUAUGAAAUAGGAUUUCAUGAACUAUUGAGUGGCUCCAGUAAUCAAAGAUAAUAAAUGACAUAGUUUUGUGCCUAUUACUCCAAAAUCGCGAGUUCCUAUUUGAAUGAAUUGUACAGUUUCGAGCCGAUCAUUUUUAUUCGGUUUCGAAAACCCACCGUCUUCAGCGUUAUGUUCUUCUGCAAUCAAUAAUGAAUGUUUAUUUCUUCUACAAUUAUUUCAUUUUCAAGAAAUGUAAAUUUUACUAAUAGAAAAAAAGUUUUUGCUGCGCGGUGUUUCUUAAAAAAAAUCAUUGAAAAUAAGAGUACCAGAAAAUAAAUUUAUAACACUGCUGCAAAUUUUGUUACUGUUCUUUGUGCCGUGUCCUCUCAUUUGCGAACAUAAAAUCGAAAUUAAAAAUCUGUUAAAUUCAAUUUCAGUUGUUUUUUAAAUUUAAAUUAUUCAAAUUUCAAAUGAUCUUAGGCUUGAAAUUUUCGACUUUCGACUUUCAAAUUUCAAAAACACUUACUGAUAACAAUUUUAAAACAAAUUAAAAUUUCAGUAUAUUUUUAAACUUGUUGAAAUUUAUAGAGUUCGCUAGAUAUUGAAUUUCACUAUUUUUAUUUAAUGAGCUGUAAUUUGUAGAGUGCGCUAAAAUAUAGUAGUGCUUUUUCUAUUCUUAAUUGACUGCAAUUUAUAGAGUUCGUCAGACAUAAUUGUUACUAUGAAUGUCAUCAGCUGCUUUUGAUUUUGAACAGACCAUAUAAUAAUGAUAGUAAAAUGGAAUCAAACAUUGAAUGGAGAUCACUGAUUGGAGUGUAAAAGCAUUUAUAGACAAACGUCAUAAAUACAAAUAAUGAUGUUCUAAAAAAGACGGCUCAGAAAUAUAGAUGUUAAUGAGCGUCUUCUCUUGACGAACACAGUCCGAUUCGCCCACACCACAAUCGGAACAAAUAUCAAAUUACCAUAACAAGUUAUGAUACAAUCUUCUUAAAAACUCGUUUUGUCUUUAACUGAAAACGUUCUUAGUUCAACCCAAAUUGACGACCCUUGCUCGUGCACUAUGAGUAUUAGUUUAUCCAGAACAAAAGAAAAGAACUAGCUACAUAUGAUGGGGAAUAUGAAUAUGCGGCAAAAUCACUGUCACGAAAAAAACAAACCAUUUUGUCGCAAACUCAAUUAUGCACAUAUACAGUGGUAUAACCGAUAUAACACAUUCGACAGACACAUUUUCUAUAGCUGUAAAAACAGUAUUAAAUAUAAUAAAUGUAUAGUUCUUAACCACUAUAGCGGUAUAGCGGUAUAGUAGUAUAGUAGUAUAGUGAUAUAGAGGUAUAGUGGUAUAGAGGUAUAGAUGUACAGUGGUAUAGUGGUAUAGAGGUAUAGAGGUAUAGAGGUAUAGUGGUAUAGAGGUAUAGAGGUAUAGUAGUAUAGUGGUAUAGAGCAGAGACCGAAAACGAGUCGAGUACUCGACAAAUCGACUCGACUCGACUCGGUUCACGCCGAGUCGAGUCGAGCCCGAGUGCGAAGUUUGAGAAAUGUGUCGAGUCGAGUCGCGUCCGGUCAGAUCUACUGUCGAGUCGAGUCGAGUCGAAUUUGACCCCAACGAUUCGACUUUUUAAAAAUUUCUUCAUAAUUCUAUCAUUUGUUUCUCAAUAUUAGCCAUCGUCAUCGUUAGACGAACCGAGAUCAGACAAUGUCAAUUCAUUUCAAUGAAUAGGUUGAACAAAGCAUUAAAAUGAAUAGACAGCGAUGAACUGACGACGCUAAAUAAACUACAAUGAAUGAUAUACACUAGCUUUCAUUGUAUUCAAUGCAUUAUUGACUGUUCAAAGAUUAAUUAGAAUGCAAUGACUUGAUUGAUCGUCAGCCUAUGUAAGUGAUCGGCAUGCGACGUGCAACAGAUUUAGUAGUGUAUUGCAUUAUUUCAUUAUCUAUCGCAAAAAGAUGAUCAAAAUAGAAUGGAUGUUUAUAUGAUCAAAUAUUUGAUCAUAUUUAGAAUAUUGAAAUCGAUGAAAUAUGUUAACCAUUCCAUCCAAUAGGACCGUUUCGAAUAGUCUUGGAACAUUUAUGGGGAGAAGAAAUCAGCCUGCAGUGUUGCCGAAAUCACGCAAGAAAAUGAUUCAGAAUUAUUCGAGACGAUAAUUCCAAGCUCUGAAACCGAGUAGAAAACUUGUAGAAAAUUUCUGUUUCUGGCAGAGAACCUCCAAAAAUCGAUAGAAAAUCGAAGCAGUACAUCAAGUGGAGAGAGCGAAGGACUUUUUCGAUGACUUCCGACCAUCUUUGAGCGACAAAGACAGGAUUUUAAUGGGAAGACACAGAAAAAAAUC